AUGUCAGAUAGACAUUUAUUUCUCAAUCAUUGGAUAAGCCUAGAACAGCCAAGCCCCAAUUUAAUCAGACUUGAAAAGAAACGAAGUAGCAAGCUGGAGCGCCCUUCUAGAGCAAGAAUACAUGAGCUAUGGAAGAGCAAAACUACAACUUUGAGGGUUGGCUUGGCCAUAACCCAGAGUCCGUCCAUGGGAAAAUGGAAUAGGGUUCCUUUGAGCCCUAAGUGUGGGAAGAAGACGAUGUCGACAUCCAAAUCACUCACUGUGGUGUCCGGCUGGGACGAAACACCUUAUCCGUGUUGCGCUGGACAUGAAAUCAUAGGCAGAGUGGUCCGCAAGGGGAAGAAUGUCAAAAAGUUCAAAUUGGGUGACCGCGUUGGAGUUGGUCCACAGGCCAGAAGCUGUUUGAAAACCGAUUGCCCCGAGUGUUCCAGCGGGAAAGAAGUCUACUGUCGCGAUCAAAUCGAAACCUAUGGUAGUAUCUACCCUGACGGUAAAGGUAAGAGCUAUGGUGGCUAUGCCAACUACAACCGCACUCAUCAGAGAUUUGUGGUGAAUAUCCCACAUGGACUGCCGUCCGAGGAUGCAGUGCCUUCUGACAAUUCUUUCUAUGCCAGCACCCCUGACAAUGGCGAACUACCAAAUGUCGAUGCAUUCACCCUUAUAUUCAAUAAUAUCAAUUUUGUUGGUAGUGCCGCUGGAUCACCAGAUGAUAUUGAAGAGAUGCUACACUUCGCAGUGGACCACAAUGUGAAGCCCAUGGUUCAGAUGAGAUCUUUGUCAGAAGCCAAUCAAGUCAUCCAGGAUAUAGAAGCUGGCAAGGCAAGAUACCGAUAUGUGCCAAUAAACGAAAAUCAUCUAGAUACAUCUUAA